CAUCUUUCAAAGAGUGGUGUUCGUUGUCCUCUUCUGAAUUUUAACUUUCUUUCGUUUCUUGGCGAAUUGUACUCUGUCGAUUCCUGUAUUUUCUCGCAUUUUCAUUCUUUGAAGCAACUUUGGGCGAAUUUGCUCCUGGUGAAGGUAUGCGAUGGAUGAGCAAGAUGGUGAGGAGGAAUAUCAAGUGGAAAGCAUCGUAACACAUCUCGAGUAUGUAGAGGCAUUCGAUCUUCGCGGUUACAUCGUCUUCAAUCCCGCCACAGGCAAUGGUCUCACGCACUCGAAAUAUGUUUAUCUGGUCAAAUGGGUAGGCUAUGAUGAAGCUGACAAUACAUGGGAACCCGAAGAGAAUCUCGUGGACUGCACCGAACUGCUCACUUUGUACAAAGAAAAGCAUGAUCUCCCCCUCUAUCACGAAACCUUCAAUCGCAGAUUCAACUGGAAGGAACCAACCACAUCGAUGACUUUGGAAGAAGUGAACAGGAGGGCCUUCAAGAAUCGCGAUCCCAUUACUUCAGCUUCGCAGCUCCUAAGAGAUCCUCCAACCAAGAAGCGAAAGAAGAGGAGAGAAGUGGAUCUGCUUGACGGAGAUGUUGAUGAACCCGAAAUCGUCCACCGUAAAAUACGAAAGACAUCACCAACUGUCGACUCUUCGUUGAAAAGCGAUAGUAGAAGGAGAGGUCCUAAGAAGAAGACAACAUUAGAAGGCGGUACGCCUAAAAAGCCUGGCAGGAAGCCACGAAGUGCUGCCGCCACUGAAGAGAAGAAAAGAAAGAGAAGUGAAAGUGAAGAUCGGAUUGAGUUGGUCAGAUACAUUGUUGAAGGUGCAUCACAUCGCAGCAGGUCGCCUGCAAGGAGGCUUCUGAAGCUACGCAGGUACUCGUCGGCAGAGAGACUGCGACAGAGAUGGGACGAGGCUAUCAGGAAAAAUACUCCCUCGGAAUGGUGGAAGAGCAUGACCAGGGAGAAACUUGCCAAGAUUUUUACAAGUCGCUUUGCGAACUCUACAGAAGAACUAGCUUCUAAAAAGAAGAUGAUAGUUUCGUUGAGGGAGAAAGAGGAGUUGGACGAAAAUAGCAAAGAGAGGCAGUGCCGAGUUGUUGGCUCCAGUAUUCUCAAGAAACUGCUGAAGGAGAACAAUUUACAAAACAGGCUGCCUUUGCCGGCCAAAACAUCAGUCGUGACUGGGAAUGUGCCAAAUGGGUUAAGUGCAGCUGCAAAACAAGAGAAAGUAGAAGUGUCAACGAAAAGUGCUUCAUCUGUAGCCUUGACCGAAGGCGGAUGCUCGUUAGAUGAGUUGCGGCAUUACGCCCACGAGACAAGCUUGGUGGACUCGGAGAAAUUCCUUGAAAGUAUUCGAAGCAAGGACUUGUCUGUAACAGACGAAACACUGCUAGUGAUCGCGCUGUGCUACGCCGAGCUUUCUCAUGAAAAUGCAGUACGGACGCUCAGUGCAAUUACUGAUGCGCAGACCAGAUUUGUUUUAGUGAAGGUUCUUGUUAAUACUGUUCGGAUUGUUGGGAAUGCAAUGAUAACAAGGCCUCAGCAGCUGGAAGAGCCCAAUUCCUCUCUUGCUUUGCAGUUGAUUGAAUCGGAUCUUAGCGCUGGUGACUGGUUUGAGACUGUGUCCCACUGUUCCGCUUCUCACUGGAAGUGUAGGCUACUUCACCAACUUAUCACUCUUUGCCCUAAUCCCGAAGUUUAUGUGGAUGUAGACUCACCAUUCUGUACAAAAAACUUCCUUCACUGCAUGCGCUAUGGUGCUCAUUGUCAGAAGCUGGCUUUCAUAAAAAAUGGUGUCCCGUUUGGACAUGAAACAAUUCCAUUUGAUCUACUCGAUGUCAGUGUGAAUGAAAGUCAUAUUUCUGCAGUGCAGGGAAAUCCGCGAUAUUUCCUGGAAUUCAUACGGAGUGGUCUCGAUGUCAGCUCUUUGACAUCAAAGCCGUCGUCAAGCCGAUUGGAUAGUGAUUUGACAGUUUGCUCUUUGCUGGAAAAGCUGAUCUCCAUGAAAACAGGUGACUCCGGUCAAGCUUUCGAAGUUGAUGCUAAGAUUCGCAAUCAAAUCUCCAAUAUGAUUGGUGUCAUAGCUGACUGGGAAAAUAUUGAGCAGAGAUUCGUUCGUGAUGCAGUUGAACGGCGAUUGCAAAUGGAUCAGCGAUGCGAAGUCAUGUUCGACCGUACACUUUCUCCGGUCCACACUCUUCGGGUGUCAUCCUACCAGGAUGAGAUGUGUAUUAGAACGGCCUUCUUUGGAAAUAUCUCCACACCGAUUCUGGCAAGGAUUCUAAGCAUGGUGCAAGCCGGCAAAUCAGCUGUGGUUCUUUGCAUCUAUGCCAUCUCCAUCAUUCAAAGAUCUCUGGAACUGGAUACCUCCAAAAACGAAACCGUAUGCGCACUAAACCUUGAUGUCGUUCCUGAAGCCAUCUCUGGCUGCUCGGUCACGGAAGCGAGCCUGGAGGAUGUCUUUACCAAACGACGUUUCAUAUUAACCCUGGACGAUUCGUCAUCUUCUGACUCGGAAUGGUAUUUUGUAAUGGACAAUGAAUCUCUAGGCCAUAUUUCAACGAAUACAAUGCCGCUUCGCCUCAGGCUGAAUGCUCCUCCCAAUUCACUUUUUCUCGCGCAGUUCGUACUUGUCUCUAGGAAAGACGAUAACUCAGCGUUUUGAACGGUUUUGAUGGUGAUCUCUGAGAUGAACUUUGUUGGGUUGAAGCAUAUUGCCUCUUUUAUGAUCUCCUUAUCUAGCAAACAGUACCGUAUCACCUUCAUCCCAUUGUUCAGUUUUUGUUAGUGAAUUUAUGUUAGUAGACGUAAUCACGGUUGAAGUGACAACGUAGUUGUAUUUACUUAAAUCGCCUCAAAUCUGCUUUAUCUUUUUUCUCAUUUGUAAUUUCAAAUAUUAUUCAGAGCGGACUUACUACCUCAUUAGUCAUGUGACUCAAAGAUAAUAGGCAGUCAAACGGCUAUUUUCUGUUGGUUUGCCGAAUGCACAAGCUUGCAGGAUUUGAGGUGUAUAUUCUGAACCUAUUAAUUUGUCAUAAUUUGCAUUCUUCGUAUUUUUGGGAAAGCAUUUUUUGAGUUCUAGAACUCGAUAUAGUAUAUAAACAGCUUGCCUUACUUACUGAC